CAGUUUUAUCACUUACCAACUUGCUAAAAGAUGGUUUAGUUAAGAAGUGACGCUACGCUCCAUAGCAUUAUUUUUAUUUUUCCAUUUCCUCCUUUAUUCUCUGGUCUCUCUUCUUUUUGCCGCGAGUCCAGUUCCACCAUGGCCACCGGAAUAGUAGACUACGAGCUUCCCGACACCACCCACAAUCUAUACGACGUCACUUUGGACACCCACAAAAUCCACACCGUCCUCACUCACACUCCUUCCAUGGUGGAUUCCUGGAUCUCAGACACUCUUCAACUCCACCACCACCACCCCACUACCACUCACAACAACAACGACAACAACAACGACAACAACAACAACAACAGCAACGACAACAACGACAACAACACUAACCCCCUCAUGGUUGGCCUCGACAUCGAGUGGCGGCCCAAUUUCAACCCCCAGAUCGACAACCCCAUAGCCACCCUUCAGCUCUGCGUCGCCGAUCGCUGCCUCAUCUUCCAAAUCCUUCACUCCCCUUCGAUUCCGAACUCACUCAUUGAUUUUCUCGGGAAUCGGACCUGUGCGUUUGUGGGUGUUGGGAUUCAACACGAUGUGGAGAAGCUUCUGCUGGAUUAUGGGUUGGGAGUGGCCAAUGUGGUUGAUAUUGGAGCUCUGGCGGCGACUAAACUCGGUAAGAGGGAGCUGAGGAGUUCUGGGUUGAAGAGUUUGGCUAAAGAGGUUCUUGGAAUUGAGGUUGAGAAGCCCAAGAGGGUUACAUUGAGCAGGUGGGACAAUGAAUGGCUUACUUGUGUUCAGGUUCAGUAUGCUUGUAUUGAUGCUUUCCUUUCUUUUGAGAUUGGUAAGCAUUUGAAUGCUGCUUCUGGGGUUUAAUAAUGGUUAUUAUUAAUGUUUGCUAUAAGAUGGUUUGUAAUGGAUUUGUUUUAGUUGGAUGGACAAUGGGUUUGGAUUAGUUUGAUCGAAAGAUGUAUGUUUUUUGAGAUGUUGUUGGAUUUUUAAUAGCUAUAUUUUUCUGUGUUUUAGCUUAUAAUAUUGAAGUUUAUAUGUAGAAAAAGUUUACAAGUCA